AGAAGGGUAGAUAGAUGGAUUCCAAUCCAAAUCCUUUAAACCACAAACACCUAACCCUCAAUCUUUUAAACCCUUUCUUGUUGCCUCUCUUUCUUUCUCUCUCAAUUAAAAAACCAAUUAGAAUCAACUCUCACACUAUCUUUUCUGCUCUUUCGUCCAUACUAUUAAAAAUAUGGCACCCAAAAAUGACGGAUCCGCAAAGAAAGUGAUGAACAAAGGCGCUUGGACAGCCGAGGAAGACAGAAAACUAGCUGAGUAUAUUGAAAUUCACGGAGCCAAGAGGUGGAAAACCGUUGCUACCAAAUCAGGUCUGAAUCGAUGCGGAAAGAGCUGCAGAUUAAGAUGGCUGAAUUACUUGCGACCCAACAUCAAAAGAGGCAACAUUUCGGACGAAGAAGAAGACUUGAUUCUUCGACUCCAUAAAUUACUUGGCAACAGAUGGGCGUUGAUUGCUGGGAGACUUCCAGGACGAACGGACAACGAAAUUAAGAAUUACUGGAAUUCUCAUUUGAGCAAGAAAAUAAAUAAGGUGAAGCCGCCACAACCAGAAAUUGUGCAAGAAGCUGCCCUUCAAGACACCUCCAACAUAAAUGAGUUUAAAGAGGAAGGUGAAGAUAGUAAAGGAAUUGGAAACUUUGAAGUCAACUUUGAUGUGAACGAGUUAUUCGAUUUCUCCACUGAAGGAUCCUACGGUUUGGAGUGGGUUAAUGAGUUUCUUGAACUGGGUGAGGAAUCUUGGCUCACUGAAAACAAGAUGAGCAUAUAGUAUGAACAUUUGUUUUCUUCUUUAAAUAAAUAAAAGUAUAUGGAGUCAGUUUUAUGUA